AUGUUGUGCUUCGUAUUUGCUGCUACACUUCUCGCGUCGUUGUGCUCCACAGUUGUUGGCUUCGGCCUCACUGUGAGUGGAAACUCAUACAUUGUCGAUACCUCCGGUGGUUUGAUUUUCACUGUUGAUUCGACUAGUGGAGAUAUUACCUCCAUGAAGUUCAAUGGAAUUGAGGCACAAGACUCCAGCAAACAUAGUCAGAUUGCGUCAGGUAUUGGUGCUGACUGCUCGUGGGUUCGAGGAGGCCAUGACAACAACUAUAUCACUAUCACCUGUUCCACCAGCACUCUUAUUCAGUACUACGUCGCUAGAUACAAAGAUCCGUCUAUCCAUAUGGCCACAUACACUACAGCUGAGCCGUCCGUUGGCGAACUCCGGUUCAUCGCACGUCUCAGUCAUUCGACACUUCCCAAUGGUUAUAGUGUAUCAGACAUUGCAGGCGGGACUGCUAUUGAAGGGAGCGACGUGUUCUUGGUCGGCUCCCAAACAAGGUCAAAAUUCUACUCAUCCAGACAGUUUAUCGAUGACCAAGUCCACGGAGUUUCUGGAUCCAACAUUGCUGCUUGGAUGAUUAUCCCCGGUACCGGAUAUGAAGGCAGCUCCGGCGGACCUUUCAUGCGCGACAUCAACAACCAAGGAGGCUCUCAGCAAGAGCUCUAUUUCUACAUGGUAAGGAUCUCUGAUCGGUUGUCUAUGCAUCUAAGGCAUACAUUUAGAACUCCGAGCACACACAAACAGAAUGUAGCAUAUCGGAUGGGUCUGCAUGGUCCUUAUGCUUUAUGGUUUACGACUGGAUCCACUCCUUCGUCAGACAUCGAUACCUCAUUCUGGGAUGGCCUUGAUGUAACAGGAUGGGUCUCCGAAGGUGACAGAGGUAGGGUCAAAGGAAGCGCGACCGGCUAUCCUUCGGCGUACGCCAACUAUAUGUCGGUCGGUUUCAGUAACAGCAACGCUCAAUACUGGGUGCGAACGGACUCGUCCGGUGCCUUCGUCAGUCCCUAUAUGAAACCGGGUACCUACACAAUGACACUAUACAAAAUGGAAUUAGAAGUUGCCACUCAGAGUGUCACCGUUACUGCUGGAAGCGUUGGAACGUCCAAUAUCGCGUCGACUGAGGCUACACCAUCCGUGAUUUGGCAGAUCGGUGAGAUUGAUGGCACACCAAGAGGAUUCCUAAAUGCCGACUUGAUUGAAACGAUGCAUCCAAGUGACAGCCGAAUGGCUGACUGGGGACCUGUUACUUUCACCAUCGGUAAUAAUGUGAAUACGUUCCCCAUGGCUAUCUUCAAAGACAUCGGAGCGGUAACGGUGAAAUUCACGCGCUGUCGAGUCCUCUUAGGUGGCGCCCGAACCCUUCAAAUCGCAACUACGCUCGCCUUCGCAGGCAAGUUUCAGCCUAUCGGUGUCUCCGUGCAUGAUAUGACCUUUUGGACGAGCUCUACGCCGUCUAUUCCGGAUCAACCGGAUUCAAGAGGUGUAACCCGUGGCACAUGGCGUGGAAAUAACAUCAUGUAUACAUACUCAAUCCCUUCUGGUGUUCUGAACACCGGAUCGACUGUAAACACUCUCACUAUUUCUGUUGCUUCUGGGUCUUCUGGGUCAGACUUUUUGUCUCCCAAUGUUGUCUUCGACGGCUUGAGACUGUACUAG